AUGCACCACCAGUCGGAAAAUAUACCAUGGCAUCUGCUUGCCUCAAAUCUUUACUGGGCCCCGGGUGAGCUUGCAUCGCAAAUUCGCGGCUUGAACCUUCCUCGGCUUCCCGGCAAACUGAAGGACAAAAAAGGCUGCGCGUGCGGUGUCACUAACUUGCACCCAAAGUCCCCUGCUCCUAAAUCUUCUGAUCAAGAUGAAUUCGCUCAGGCCUUUGCACAGGCCGUGAAGGAUGAUUCGAAACGCAAGCGAGGCCAGUACCCGGAGAAUUACAGCCCCCCCAGUCCCAGUGAUGUUCUCUUGGGGGAUGAGCUCGUUGAAACAAUCGAAUCACAUUUGUCGGAGGAGAUGAAGGAAGGGCCUAGACUUUCAUAUGAGCAACGAACUGCUUACGCGUUCCUUCACCCUUGGGAUGUUAAUGAUGAUUGCUAUUCCUGGAGUAGUAGCAAUAAGAUCGGAUUCCUCAAUCUAGAGGUAGUGAAGAUACUACUCAUGCUAGGAGAGCUAGAUCCAAUUCUUCAGGCGUGCGCUCACCCAGACGUGGGACUUUUAGAGUGGUACUCUGCUGCAUUCUGUAGUUGCAUGGCGAGUCCCUAUGUUCUCGGAUGGGAUAUGGUCCUAGGUAGUGCUCUGUCAGCCUACAUUGCACUCAACAUCGCUCUUUGUUUCCCGCAAAUCUGUGACCCGACAGCGGGUAGAAAUGAUGAAACCGACUAUCGCCAUACAGGAUUCUAUCAGUACGUGCUGAGAGAGAUCACUCAAUCGCUUGAUCCUUCCGAAGCGACAUCCUAUCCACAUCAGCAGUUUUUUGGAAUUCCCCGCGACCACUUUUGCGAAGAUGAUAUGCAUAUGAUGAUUGAUAAGAAACACUGGCUGCAUCGCACGGACAUUAUCAAUCGCGGUCACUAUGGUCUACUUUCAUUUGAUGAGUUCCUCAACUUAGAAGGUCCAAUUACUGAUCAAUAUCAGCCACUGGAAUCUGAUGUUGAACUAGUGAAACAAGAACUCCUUUCUAAAAGCUUUCCCCUCGAGAUUGUCCUUUUGAUCAUGAAUUUCGCCGAUUAUAAAGCCAAAAGGGUUCUCAAGGUCCCGCAUGAUCCCCUCCAUCCUGCCAACAGAGCCGAAUUGAACCAGUAUCUUGAUCAAUGCUGGCAAAUCAUUAUUGGCUGUGACAUCAUGAGCCACGCAUUGGGGGAUACGAUUGACUGGCAAGAAGAAAUACAUAAUCACGUUAAAAAGCUUUUUCACAAACCGGACAGACCCUCCUGGAUGAGCCAAGGUGGUCCGAUAACGGGAAAGAAAUGUAGUGGUUCGGAGCAGAUAGACAGUAUGUGA